AUGGCUCUUUGGGCAUCCCUCAAGGUCCCUACCUCCUCCCAGACCGUCUCGAGUGUCUGGAUCAACGACGACAUCCGACCACUGCCUCCACUUCGACGGACUUGGACCCGGUGGGCGUACAUAUCGUUCUGGGCAAUCAACCAGAUCUGUCUUUCGAAUUGGCAGAUCGGAGCUUCUCUGGUUGCAGCAGGUCUGUCAGUCUGGCAAUCCGUAAUCGCCAUUGUCCUCGGCAAGAUCAUCAUCUCGGCGGUAGCAAUAGCGAAUGGAUACGUCGGUGCAGAAUGGCACAUUGGCUUCCCUGUCCCUCCAGUGGCGAGUCGAUACAUCUGGGGCGUAUACGGCAGCUAUCUGGCCUUGAUCCAGCGAAUCAUCCUCUCCCUCGUCUGGUUCUCAGUCCAAUCAUGGACCGGUGGCCUCUGCGUGCAAAAUAUUUUGGCCGCCAUCUUCCCAAGUUACCAGCAUAUGAAGAAUCACUUCCCGGCCUCCGCACACCUCGAUACGAAGCAAUUCAUUGGCUGGGUCAUCUUCAAUCUCCUCAUGGCACCAAUUCUGUAUAUCAGGCCUGAGGGCAUGAAACACGUGGUUCUUUGGAUGAAUGUCGUCUCGGCCAUCACUCUGAUGGCCAUCAUGAUCUGGUGCCUGUCAGCUGCACACGGCGCCGGCCCUCUAGUGUCACAGCCUGCGACCGCGACCAAUGCUGAACUUGGAUGGGGCAUAGUCUCCGGCGUCACGACGGUCAUCGGAGGUAUUGCCGUUGGCUUGACAAACCAGAUGGACUACUCGCGUUUUGCUCGCAAGCCAGGGGAUCAAGUCAUGGGCCAGUGGGUAUCGAUCAUCGGCUUUGGCGCUAUCAUGCCUGUGUUCGGCUGUCUGGCAUCUUCUGCUACCCAACAGAUCUAUGGGACUGCUAUAUGGAAUCCACCCGACCUGGUACAAAAGUGGCUUGACACAGACUAUAACGCAAAGUCACGAGCGGCUGCAUUCUUUGCAGGCUGUGGACUUGUUGUCUGCCAGCUCGCCAUCAAUGUCAUCGACAAUGCUUUCUCAACCGGCAUGGACAUGGCUGGGUUAUUCCCAUCCUUCGUCAACAUCCGGCGCGGUGCUUACAUCGGUCUCAUCCUCUCCAUCGCCAUGUGCCCGUGGCAACUUCUCUCAUCUGCAGCUACCUUCAUCAGCGUUCUGAGCGCCUACAGCGUCUUUCUGGGUCCGAUGGUCGGCAUAAUGGUAUGCGACUACUGGAUCCUACGGAAUCGACGCAUCAAGCUAAGCGACCUCUACCACCCGGGCAAGGACGGCGUGUAUUACUACACCUGGGGUAUCAAUUGGCGAUCCUUCGCUUCCUGGGUCGCGGGAUGGGCAUAUCUUCUACCUGGUUUCGCUCAUGCGGUCACACCUAGCGUAGUGGUCCCAAAGGCAUGCACGGAUCUCUAUUAUCUGGCUUUCCCACUCGGAUUCGUGGUCAGCUUCAUUACCCAUUGGGCGAUCAAUAGCAUCUUCCCGCCUUCAGGCCUCGGAGUCAAGGACGACGUGGACUACUACGAGACAUUCACGUUCGAAGAGGCCGAGAAACUAGGAGUUGCGCCAGUCGAACACUUGGACGGGAGGAGCGCCACUGAACCGCUCUCACAGGUUGUGACGAUGGAGCCGAAGCAUGACUAUGUGUAA